AUGAGGCCAUUGUUACGUACUGUUGUAGUUACAGCUGGAGUCUGCCUGAUGAGAAAUGCAUGGAAAGAGGACCAACAUCCAUCGUUCAUCAAUUUUAUCUCCACUUUCCUCUCUGCUAAUUCCUUUCGCCUAAAUUUUGUCCCAAUCGCCCCGGAUUUUAUAUUCAAUUGUGGGGGUUUGUCUGUGGCCUUCAUUUUUGUGACAAACUGGGACUGCAACAAUGUUGCUCCAAUCUUCAACAGAGUUAAGAAACUGAAGAUGCAAUUUGCACGUUUUUACGUGGUUAUCACACUCCCGGCAAAAGAGCAAUUUGAUUCACUUAUUCAGUCAUAUUUCAAAUUUGGGAUGGUGAUUGGCAAGCCUACAUUUGUGCCAGUUCAGGACUCAGAGAUGGGGUUUGAAAAGAUGGUAAAAAUAGCUCAUUCUUCUGGAGUAUACAAGCAGGAGAGAAUUGGGGAAAAAUUGAAAGCUGAGAGGAAGCAGUUAGUGCAAGGAAUGAACUUUUACCUUAAGGUGCUUACAUCCAUCCCAGGCAUUGACAAUCACGAUGCAAAUUCGCUUAGUCAAGCUAUUGGUUCUGUCCAAGCAAUUGCCAAGGCGUCAAAAGAGCAAAUUCUAGAGAACACAGAUCUUUCUACUGACAAGGCAGAGAUGGUUUCAAGGUUUCUCAGGGACCCAAAGUUUUACUUGUGUCCCAAGAUCAACUGAUGACAGACAGAGUAACAAUGGAAUCCAGGUUGGAGUUGUUUUUGCCCAAAUAAAAUAAGCAGCUCUUUUGCACAGUUUUAACAUGGGAUCUUUGUUAAUUUCUUUAUAAAAUAGUACUCGUAGUUCCAAUUUUUAUCGACUGACAAACAUCACGAGUUAGAAAGCACCAUAUCGUUUUGUUUACGAUGAUGACAAGCAGUUUUAGGCUCUUGGUCUUAGAUUUUGGUUUGAAGUAUAAAUUGAUGAUAGACGGAAGCUUUAGCCCGUUAGUGUUAUGAACUGAACUGUAUUUAAAUAUCAAGAAUAUCACCCAACAAAAGGAAUCAACAAACGUACUUCAAUGAGAUGACAUCCAAACCCAUCCCAGCCUCGUGGUCUGAUGGUUAUAUAUAUUAUGAGAAGUUGAUUUGUAGACUUAUUCUAGAGUUACAUAUACUAUCAUUUAGACUGCGAUUUUUUUACGUGAG